AUGAAGUUCACCGGAUUCGCCAUUUCUUUCGCCCUUGCCGGUGCUGUCUCUGCUCUCCCCGCCCUUCCAGGUGCCGGUGUCGUUGGUGGCCUCGAGAAUACCGUUACCGGUGCUGUUGGGGGUGCUUUGAGGCGUGGUGAGACUGACGCUAUUAGCGGGGCCACCUAUGGUCUUGCCAGCAACUUGAACGGUGUCACCGGUAUUGCUGGUAGUCUGGCUGGUACUGCUGAAAGCACUACCGCCGGUGCUGUUGGUACUGUUGAGAAGGAAGUUGCUGGAAUCCUUCCUGCCAAGCGCCAGCUAGGCGACGCAGAAGGGGCUCUCUACGGUAUUGAAGGGGCUCUUGAGAGUACUCUGGGCGAGGUCAAGCGUGAUGAUACCGAUGCGCUAGGUGGAGCUGUUUACGGAAUUACCGGCUCUCUCAACGGCGCCACCGGCAUCGCCGGUAGCCUUGCUGGUACCGCUGAAAGCACUACCGCAGGAGCUGCUGGCACAGUCGAGAAGGGUCUUGCGGGUGCUCUCCCUGCCAAGCGUCAAUUGGACGGCGCAGAAGGUGCUCUCGGCGGUAUUGAAGGGGCUCUUGAGAGUACUCUCGGCGAGUUCAAGCGUGAUGGUGGUGAUGCCGUCAGUGGAGCCGUUUACGGCGCUACCAGCUCCCUCAACGGCGUGACUGGUAUCGCUGGUAGCCUUGCUGGUACCGCUGAAAGCACUACCGCAGGCGCCGUUGGCACAGUCGAGAAGGGUCUUGCGGGUGCUCUCCCUGCCAAGCGUCAACUCGGAGCCCUCGGAGGUCUUGGUACUGUUGUUGAUGCUUCUCUUACCAACGACCUCAGCAUGCUCACUGGCAACCCUUCCGGCCUCAUCGGCGCCCUUGCCGGUCUCCAGGUUGCUCUUGCCAAAGGCGAUAUCACCCACGGCCAGAUCUCCAAUAUCCCAGUUGAGAUGGAGCAUGUCGUGGCCUUCCUUUACACCGCAUAA